AUAAUGAAGAGUGUCGACGUGUGUAAGCAGAAAGGGCAGAAGAAUUUGCGACGUUUACGGGCGAGUGAGGUGUUGGUUUGAAACUUCUCUAUCCAAGCAAAAAAUGGUUCGCCAUCUCCUUCUAUGUCUUUUCAUCAGCUUCUUUCUUCAUCUAACGAUAGUCCAGGCCUUCUUCUGCAAUGACAAGAGCUGUGGAAGAUGCAUGAACUCGAGAUUAAUUAAAUGUCGAUGGUGUAAACGAGAUAAUAGAUGUCACAAUCCCGGCGCCGUUCUAACAAAUCCUUGCAGCAGAGCGGAAAAUAUUGUAAGCAAAUCUCAUUGUGAUGACGAACUGCCACGCUAUGAUCCUAAAUUAGCCUACAAAAUGUUGCUUCUUUCUGCUGCAGCAUACGACUCAGUUGAUCCGCAAGAAUGCCUCAACAAUUCGCUCCCAUCUGGCAAGUUUCAGCUUCAAGCUGUGGUGACAAAGAAUUGUGACGUCUUCAAUAACAGCUGCUCAGGCUAUGUGGCUGUUUCACAUGCGUUGAAAGUAAUCGUAGUCGCUUACCGUGGCUCUCUGGGUUCAGAUCAAUCAGCGGCCAUAGCCGAGGAAACUUUGCUUAAGCCCAUGACAACUUUCCUCCGUGGCAAAGUUCAAUCCUAUUGGAAGAGAGGUUUCGAGUUGUUAUGGCAGGCAAGCAUGAAAGCGGAAGUGGAAGCUCUUCUAUCGAAAAAUCCAAAGUACAAAAUCUGGGUCGCAGGGUAUUCUCUGGGUGGUGCAAUGGCAUCAUUAACCAGCACAUGGAUCAGUUCUUUCAAAUUAGCUCCUCGCGAAAACAUCAUUUUGUACACGUUCGGCAUGCCUCGAGUUGGAAACUACGACUACGCCCUGCAACACGAUCAAUUGGUCAACAACAGUUGGAGAGUUGUGAACGAAAACGACUUAAUUCCUCAUUUCCCCAUAGUUGUUGGAGUCCCUAAUAUCUUCACUGGUCCGUACCACCAUGGCGUAGAGGUAUUCUACAGCGACGGAGCUGCAAGCGUUUAUUCAAAGCACAGAGAGUGUCACGGGAAACCAUACAAUGAAGAUGCCACAUGCAGCUUCGCUGAAAAGCACCUUUCUAUCAAACGGCACUUAACCUACUUCAGCAUUCCAGUAGGAGGCUUUUGGAAAACAAGAUGCCUUCAUCCAUGAUCAAAGAGCGAGAGGCACCGAAAGACUCCGCGGACCGAGUUUUUCGACGAAUGAGUUACACGUAUGCACUGAACAUUUUUAGUUAAAAGAAAAACAGGGAAAAUGAGUUAGAUUAAUUUCGCGGACUAUACUAACGAAGACAAGUUUCAUUUAACCUUAAAUUUUACUUAUUUUAUGCAGCAGAAGUAGCAAUCUUGUAAAACUCGAUUUUCAAGAAAACUCAUGUGUUAAUCUUGUUCUAUUACUUGGUGAUUCAAUGAAGUGCGUGCAAGGGGAGCGCCUAACGUUGAACAACACAGUCAACUGCAUGAUUUCGUCUUUUUAUUCAAGUGUGGAAAGGUAGACUUUAAGUAGAAUACUGGCUUGUAGGCAGAAUUUGGAGGAGUGACCAAUCCAACCACCUGUUAAGUCGAGAACAGUAGGAAAGACGAGACAAAAAUGGGCUAAUCAUUGACCACUCGGGUGUAAUCCUUUGUGUAAGUACAAGAGGUUACAAACUGCAGACAGGUAUAAUAAUGAUGAUAAAAUGAAAGUAGAAUGGUUGGGGUCAGAAGUUGAACAAUCAUUGAGCAAAAAGCGA